AUGGCUGUUCCCUUGCUAAGCAAGAAAGUUGUGAAGAAGCGUGUGAAGAAGUUUAAGAGGCCUCAAAGUGACCGCAAAAUUUCCGUGAAGCCUAGCUGGCGCAGGCCGAAGGGUAUUGAUUCACGUGUCAGGAGAAAGUUCAAAGGAUGUGUUUUGAUGCCAAACAUUGGUUAUGGUUCAGACAAGAAGACCCGUCACUAUCUGCCUAAUGGAUUCAAGAAGUUUGUUGUCCACAAUGUCAAGGAUCUAGAACUUCUGAUGAUGCACAACAGAACAUACUGUGCUGAGAUAGCACACAAUGUGUCAACCAGGAAAAGAAAGGAGAUUGUGGAACGUGCUGCACAGUUGGAUGUUGUUGUUACCAACAAACUGGCCAGGUUGCGCAGCCAAGAAGAUGAGUGA